UUCCUGACACCUUGCACAACCCAUAAAUUAAUGAAAGGAAUAUUAGAUGACAAAACACCGGUGUGAAACAAGAAAACGCUGGUACGCACGAUUUGGUGUCACGCAGCAUCGAUGAGUGCAACACGGAGCACUAACCCCAUCACCAGUAAAAGUCUCACUACCCACCCCCAUAAAUCUUCUGGGAACUUGUUUCCCAAGUGAGCUGAGCCCCGGUUCUUGUGGCUGGGUUUGCCUUGUCUGGGUUGCCCUUUGUGGAGGCGUUGGAUGUUUUUUUUAUAGUUUUUUCUUCAUGUUAUAUUUGCUGACGCGUCACAUCGUAGGCGACUGGUAGCGUCUUAUUAAAAACACCGGCUCUGCGUGCAAACCAGCGGAGACUGGUUGGGUUUUACGGGGCCAGGAGUUUACAGGGGUCUGAACUUUUUUGGGCGAUUGUUUGGACGGUUCUAACUGAUCAUGGGCCGGCAAAUCUGGAUCUUGUGGCUGGUGCUGUUAGCGGGGAUUCUGUGGGUGGAAGCCCGACCGAGAACGGCUCUCUUCGGCUAUGAAACGGCUGGACAAGAUGAUGAGGAGAAUUUUCUGAAGCGAGUCCGGCGCCAGACCGAUGGAACCCCGACUACCAUGAGGCAGUCUAAGUACCUGCUGUCCAUCCUGAACCAACUCAUGGAUGACCUCAGCCUGCAAGUGUGCGAAGGAGACAUCACCAAAGGCGUGCAGUGUCCCGAGGAGAACCUCUGCGUACCAUGGGAAGGGAUAUGCGACGAGGAGCAGGUUUGUGGAAUGGAGACAAAAGCUGGCUGUCUAAACAGCUCCUCCGUCACCUACGGCGUGCCUCAAGAAAGACUAUGCAAUGGAGAUGAGAACAAGGACUGGUGCGUGCUGCCGCAGUAUAUACCCAAUACCUGUGGCAGUGUGGUGAACGUUCCCAAGGGAGGCAAAGCUACCGUCUACUCACCAUACUUCCCCGGUAGCUACCCGGGUGAUACCCAGUGCGAGUGGUCCAUCCAAGGUGCGGAAGGGGUCCGCCUGAGCGUCAACGCCAAGAGCUUUGAGUCAGAGGAGAACUACGACUACAUAGACAUUGGGUCUGGCAAGAUGAAGGAGGAUGAUAGCACUCAUUACAUCUACAAGCACAGCGGGCAGAAGCUCCCGCCAACACCUGCCUUCUCUACGCCAGACAACAACCUGUUCCUGACAUUUCAAUCUGAUAUGUGGGUCACCUUCAAGGGAUUCGAGAUCGAGUUUGCUGACGUGGAUGCUUACGACCCAGGAGUGGAUAUCACAGACGUUAUGGGUGAUGGUGGUGUCAACACCACCUGCGGUGAAAACAUCCAACUCAAGAGCGACGGAGAAGUAACCAUCACAUCCCCACGGUACCCUCAGAAUUACCCGAACAACUACCAGUGCGACUGGAUCGUCUCCAUCGACGCCGGUCAGCGCAUUGGUAUCUCCUUCGAGACGCUGGACCUGGAGCCCGACGCGGAUUUCUUGGAGAUCGGUGCCGGAAGCAGACCCGGUGCGCCCACUCUCCGUUUAACUGGCAACAGGAAGCCCGAGGAAGCCACAAUGUUGGACUCGGGUACCGUGUGGUUGAGACUGAAGACUGACCCGAGUAUCAACAGGUUGGGAUUCAAGGCUACUGUCAGGGAACAACCUUAUAAUGAAUGCGGAGGUGAUGUCCCCAUUAGUCGCGAUGGCUCGGCCGUUGUCGCCUCUCCUCAAUUCCCGGACGUUGGUUACCAUCUCAACCACAACUGCCUCUGGAAGAUCAAGGGUGACCCAGAGAGGGGUCUGACGGCCGUCUUCAAGAAAUUCAACACCGAGAAGCAGUGGGAUACGGUCUCAGUGGGAUUCGGACCCGAGCCGGCCCGAGAUGGCUCCAACUAUGUGAUCAAGAAUUGGAGCGGGGACGAGCUACCGGAACCUGCCGAGUUCAUGACGGAUGACAAUGAGAUGUGGAUCCACUUCAAGACCGAUGGGACUGUGAUUGAUCGUGGUUGGAAGGUCCAGAUAUUCGAUAAUAAUGUCAUGUCGUCAAACACAACGGUUGAAGAGAAGCCAAAGAAGAAACCUGACAGGGAUUGCGGUGGCACGGUUCGCUUCGAUCCCAGCAUGGGCAAGGCUGUCAUUACCUCGCCCGACUACCCGUACAAGUACCGCCCUAUCCUGGACUGUCAGUGGUUCAUCGACAUCCCGUACGAGGGAGACGUCCUGCUGCACUUCGAUCAGUUCAACACCGAGAAAUACCGGGAUGUGGUCAGCGUGGGCACCGGCACCAACCCUGAUGAUGAGUCCACGGCGCUGGUCAACAUGUACAGCGGGGCCGCCAGACCCGAAGACGUCCAGACGGAUCAGAAGAGACUGUGGGUGAAGUUCUUGACCGAUUUCCAGACGGAGUUAACCGGGUGGAAGUUGGAGGUCAUUUCUAUUCCCACUGAGGAAUGUGGUGGUUAUAUCGUGGUACCAUCUAACGCCUCUAUCUCCAUCGCCUCUCCCGGCUACCCAUACCGCUACGAGGGAGACCAGAAAUGCGUCUACACCAUCGUGGGGCCAAACAACAGACGUGUACGUAUCAGUGUGGCUGACUUCGAGUCUGAGCUGUAUGGUGGUAUUCUCAGCAUCGGAGAAGGGUGUAGGAAGAAGGACUUUGGUAGCAGCGUGAUCGUGGACCAGCAUAGUGGCUUCACCCGACCGUUGUAUGACGCUUUUAUCCCCCGGACCAGCGUGGCUUGGAUUCGAUGGAUUACGGAGUACGACAGGCCGUACAAAGGAUGGAAGAUAGUGGCUAGCGACACGGGUCUUGUAGGCGAACCCUCGCUGAAUGAGGACGGUUCCAGGAUCCCAUGCGAUCCGCCAGGCCCAACCACCCCGGCCACAUCCACCGCAGGCCCCUCGCCAGGACCCACCGAGGGCAGCGGCAGUGGCUACCCGGACUGGUACGACGAUGGACCCGGCGCCGAGGUACACAUGGAAACUGAGGUGCCUGAUCAUGUGCCCGAUGUCGAGUACUCCGUGUAAGGACGGAGUGUAGGUAAAAGAGCUUUUUGCCUGAUACCGUCUACAACGAGGGGAUCGAGGUUGUGACGCUCAUGGCGGAUGUCAACAUUUUUGUUAUUCAGAUGAACACAAAUUAAUAAAUAUCAUCGUAGCUGAACCCCAUACUUGAAUUAUCCAAACCAUUACACAUCUGACAAUCUUUAGUGUCAGUCAAGGGGUAAAUUUUGAAAAGAGUUAAGUUUCCGAGGUUCAUGUUUGCAACAAUCAAUGUCUAAGGUCCCCCAAGUGAUCACAAACCCCCUAAAAUUUUCCUGAAAGGACCUAAAGCCACUGAGAGAAAGGAUAACUGGACAAAAUAAAGAGAUAUUUGUGUUAUCUGAGAAGCAGAGAUAAACAGCAGGUAAAUGUUAAGUCUGUUUACCUUUUUGUUAGUUUAAUAUUAAAAAUAGUUCAUAUUUGCCAACAUAUUAGUCUUAUCCAUUUAUUUUCAGACGUUGCUUUUUAAAAUAGAACUGAAUGUUUGUUUUUGCUGCGAUAUCCCCGUUUCCUUUUUUCAAUGUCAUUUCGAACGCGUAGAUUUAGUUUCUUAAUUAUUAGUAGACGUAAGUCCAUGUGUUAGUGACCCUUUGUGUUAACAAACUGUAAUUGGCUGUGAAAUUUAAGCGACACGAAAAUUAGAAUAUACUCAUUGAUAAAUUCUUUUAUUUCGUAAAAUCGUUAUAUUAGACCUGAAUGCUUUUGUUUUGAAUAAUUAUUCAAUCUACGAGCAUGUAUCUGUUUUAUGCUUAACUGUUUUUAGAUUCCUGGGUAGUUUGCUUAUCACUUUUUGUAUUUGCUUGUACUAAAGGGGUUACGCUUGACAGAGAUAGUACUGUUUUCUUAACUUCUUAUAAGAAACAAAUCUUUACCAUUGAAAAUAGGACAGUACUGUUUGACCUUUGGCACUGGUGACAAAGGUCAGGUGUCAAAGGUCAGGAGACAAAUUGGAAGGAUGAACCCACAGCACAAAAUAUUAACCAAAGCAUGUCGUGAUGUGAUUCCAUGUAUUACAAAGAGGUUAAUAAAUACAAAAUAGUUAUAUCAAAUUA